AUGGAGGCGGCCGGCGGCGCUGCCGCUCUGCGGGCGGCGUUCGAUGAGCUGCUGGUGUUCGAGCAGGACUUCGACACGGCCAUGCAGAUCCUCAUGUUCCAGGACGAGAAGGUCGCGCGCCUGUCGCUGGAGGACGCGGAGCACGCGCGCAGCCGCCGGAGGGCGACGAGGAACAGAGGCGCCGCGCGCAGCCCCAGCAGGAAGCGCCGGCGCACAGGCGCGUCGCAGUCGGCGAGGGCGGAUCCUCCUAGUCCGCCCUUGAGCGGCUUCACGCAGAGCAGCGAGACCUGGAGCCUGACGGCGAGUGCAGAAGCGUCGCUAGUGGUGGACGCCAGCGCCAGCGAUUUCUUAGCGGCUGCGACGUCGACGCAGAUGAGUGAAAAUGGGAAGAUUGCGCAAGAAAAUGAAGUGGAGGAGUCGGUGGCGUUGAGCGCUGCGACGCAGCCUGCCGGUGGCGAUAUGAGCGGAGCUGGCGGCGCCGGGCGUGGCGGGAGCUCCACGAUGGUGACGAGUCUGUUCACGACGGGGUCCGGACGCGCGGUGUCGGUGUCCAAGGAGCGGCUGCAGGCGUACGAGACGAAGCUGCAAGCGGCGGAGGAGUCGGUGGCGUUGAGCGCUGCGACGCAGCCUGCCGGUGGCGAUAUGAGCGGAGCUGGCGGCGCCGGGCGUGGCGGGAGCUCCACGAUGGUGACGAGUCUGUUCACGACGGGGUCCGGACGCGCGGUGUCGGUGUCCAAGGAGCGGCUGCAGGCGUACGAGACGAAGCUGCAAGCGGCGGAGGAGUCGGUGGCGUUGAGCGCUGCGACGCAGCCUGCCGGUGGCGAUAUGAGCGGAGCUGGCGGCGCCGGGCGUGGCGGGAGCUCCACGAUGGUGACGAGUCUGUUCACGACGGGGUCCGGACGCGCGGUGUCGGUGUCCAAGGAGCGGCUGCAGGCGUACGAGACGAAGCUGCAAGCGGCGGAGGAGUCGGUGGCGUUGAGCGCUGCGACGCAGCCUGCCGGUGGCGAUAUGAGCGGAGCUGGCGGCGCCGGGCGUGACGGGAGCUCCACGAUGGUGACGAGUCUGUUCACGACGGGGUCCGGACGCGCGGUGUCGGUGUCCAAGGAGCGGCUGCAGGCGUACGAGACGAAGCUGCAAGCGGCGGAGGAGUCGGUGGCGUUGAGCGCUGCGACGCAGCCUGCCGGUGGCGAUAUGAGCGGAGCUGGCGGCGCCGGGCGUGACGGGAGCUCCACGAUGGUGACGAGUCUGUUCACGACGGGGUCCGGACGCGCGGUGUCGGUGUCCAAGGAGCGGCUGCAGGCGUACGAGACGAAGCUGCAAGCGGCGGAGGAGUCGGUGGCGUUGAGCGCUGCGACGCAGCCUGCCGGUGGCGAUAUGAGCGGAGCUGGCGGCGCCGGGCGUGGCGGGAGCUCCACGAUGGUGACGAGUCUGUUCACGACGGGGUCCGGACGCGCGGUGUCGGUGUCCAAGGAGCGGCUGCAGGCGUACGAGACGAAGCUGCAAGCGGCGGAGGAGUCGGUGGCGUUGAGCGCUGCGACGCAGCCUGCCGGUGGCGAUAUGAGCGGAGCUGGCGGCGCCGGGCGUGACGGGAGCUCCACGAUGGUGACGAGUCUGUUCACGACGGGGUCCGGACGCGCGGUGUCGGUGUCCAAGGAGCGGCUGCAGGCGUACGAGACGAAGCUGCAAGCGGCGGAGGAGUCGGUGGCGUUGAGCGCUGCGACGCAGCCUGCCGGUGGCGAUAUGAGCGGAGCUGGCGGCGCCGGGCGUGGCGGGAGCUCCACGAUGGUGACGAGUCUGUUCACGACGGGGUCCGGACGCGCGGUGUCGGUGUCCAAGGAGCGGCUGCAGGCGUACGAGACGAAGCUGCAAGCGGCGGAGGAGUCGGUGGCGUUGAGCGCUGCGACGCAGCCUGCCGGUGGCGAUAUGAGCGGAGCUGGCGGCGCCGGGCGUGACGGGAGCUCCACGAUGGUGACGAGUCUGUUCACGACGGGGUCCGGACGCGCGGUGUCGGUGUCCAAGGAGCGGCUGCAGGCGUACGAGACGAAGCUGCAAGCGGCGGAGGAGUCGGUGGCGUUGAGCGCUGCGACGCAGCCUGCCGGUGGCGAUAUGAGCGGAGCUGGCGGCGCCGGGCGUGGCGGGAGCUCCACGAUGGUGACGAGUCUGUUCACGACGGGGUCCGGACGCGCGGUGUCGGUGUCCAAGGAGCGGCUGCAGGCGUACGAGACGAAGCUGCAAGCGGCGGAGGAGUCGGUGGCGUUGAGCGCUGCGACGCAGCCUGCCGGUGGCGAUAUGAGCGGAGCUGGCGGCGCCGGGCGUGGCGGGAGCUCCACGAUGGUGACGAGUCUGUUCACGACGGGGUCCGGACGCGCGGUGUCGGUGUCCAAGGAGCGGCUGCAGGCGUACGAGACGAAGCUGCAAGCGGCGGAGGAGUCGGUGGCGUUGAGCGCUGCGACGCAGCCUGCCGGUGGCGAUAUGAGCGGAGCUGGCGGCGCCGGGCGUGGCGGGAGCUCCACGAUGGUGACGAGUCUGUUCACGACGGGGUCCGGACGCGCGGUGUCGGUGUCCAAGGAGCGGCUGCAGGCGUACGAGACGAAGCUGCAAGCGGCGGAGGAGUCGGUGGCGUUGAGCGCUGCGACGCAGCCUGCCGGUGGCGAUAUGAGCGGAGCUGGCGGCGCCGGGCGUGACGGGAGCUCCACGAUGGUGACGAGUCUGUUCACGACGGGGUCCGGACGCGCGGUGUCGGUGUCCAAGGAGCGGCUGCAGGCGUACGAGACGAAGCUGCAAGCGGCGGAGGACCUGCCGGUGGCGAUAUGA